AGAUUGGAAGGUUCUUUUUAUGGGUAAAAGGAAUCGACGGAAGUGGUAAAACCACUCUCAUUAAUAACCUCAAAAAAAGUGUUGAAUUAGACUUGAUAACCCAUAAUUGGCGAGACACUGAAUUAGGACAGAAAAUUUGGCAUUUGCUUAAUGAAACCCAAAAUAAAGUAGUAAUUAUUGAUCGAUAUAUUGAUAGUACUUUGGUUUAUCAAGCUUUAGAGGGAAAGUUAGGAGUUAGUAUCGUUCAGGAAAUUGCCAAAAAAACCAUUAAUUUGCCUUUACCUGAUAUCACCUUUGUCUUAGAUAUUGACCCCCAACAAGCUCAAGAGAGGUUAAAAAAAAGAAAACUAACUACUGAAAGAAUUUACCUGGUUAAGGCUGACCAAACAGAAGAAGAAGUUUUAACUGAGGUGCAGGACAUAAUCAAACAAGUUUAUUUGCCAAAAAAAGAAGUUAUUUUACCUCAGUAUGUUCGAGUAGUUAUCCAAAAUGAACAAGAAGAAUUUUUGGUGCCCGGAGAAACUCCAGAGUUAGCUGCUAAAAGAGAAUUGUUCGAAGAAACUAAUUUGGUAGUAGAAAAUCUCAAAAAAAUUACGGAAGGAAAUACCUUUUACGCCAAUUUGCCAAAAGGAGCUUUUAGUGCUUUUUUAAGUUCAAAAUUAUUAGUUGAAAUAGGGAAAAUUGUAAAAGCGGGUGAUUUAUCAUAUGUGAAAAGAGUAUUUUUAGAGGAAUUAUAUAGUUCUCAUUUAAGAGAAAAACUAGCCCAAAAAUACCUUCAAGCUAACUUUUCACAAACCCAAAAAGCUAAAUUCAUUUUAAGCAAUUAUGAAAGCGAUGCAAUAACGUUAUCUUAUCAUUAUCGAACUCGGAGAAACCGUGCUAUCCAAAGAGAAAAUAAACACUUCGAAGAAAUAAAGGAUAAUGUUGAAUAUGUUAAAAUUAGUGGAGCCGAAAAAAAGGAAAUAGCUAAGAAUAAGAAGCUAAUAAAAAAUGAUACAAAAAAUAUGUUAUUUUUUGCCCUUUCUAAGUCUCUUUAUGCUACAAUUCCUAAUUAUGCAAUGCUUAAAUAUUUGCCUAUAACCCUUUUAUUUUUAGUGCAAGAAUGA